GAUACGGUGGGACUGAUAUCGAAAAAACCCCAAGAAAUCCCCGGUAAGUUCUGAUCUCAAAUUCUUGCAAGAGAUCGUCUUCCCAUGGAUGAAUCUGAAACCAGCACCGAUCUCUCUGAUCGAAGCCCCAAAAGGUUUAAGAAAGAAAGUGGGAACAAAGAGCCAUCGGAUGGAGAGGAAGUUGUUGACGGAAGAAAAUGGGAGGACCUGCCAAUUAACUGCUUGGUGAGUGUGUUUGGCAGGCUAAGUCUUGAUGACCUGACCUUGGGAGUUCCUUUUGUGUGUAAAUCUUGGUAUGAAGCUUCGCUUGAUCCUGCUUGUUGGAAAAUCUUAGAUUUCCGUGCAAUAGAUCUGUGGGCAGGUUCGUCGUUCAAUGAGAAGUUCAUGCGGGCCUAUCGUGUCGAGAAAUUUGCAUUCAGAGGGUUUUUGAAGUACAUUAUAAGUCGCAGUCAUAAAUUAGCCACAAGGCUGGUUCUUCCUGAAAGUCACUUUCCUCUUAAGGGAUUUGGUCUAUGUCUGCAAAGAUUGCGAUGAUUGACGCGCUCCCAAGUCACUUAGUCUGUCUUCUGUUAAUGGACGACGCCAUCACAGUUAAAAGACUUCUGAACAAGAUGGUUAAAAGGAGGGCACAUGGACAAAUUUUCCAGUUAAAUAAUUUCUAUACACGAGUGCAUUGACCCGAUUCGAGAAAUGAGACAUGUCCUUUCGAGGACUGAAGAAAUCCAUUGUUGAAGGCAGUACUUUUGGGAGCUGGACAGUGAAUUAGAUUGGCAUAUUGCAAACCUGUUCUCUUUUUUCAUUCUGUUUCUUUUGGGUUAUUUGCAGUUUUAAUACUCCAAAGUUUAAAUCCUUUUUUAAAUUUGAUACCCUGAAGUUCUAUUUUGACACUUUGAUACUCCAAACUUUUGAAAUUGACGUUUAUUUGCCUAUUCGACACCCCUGAAGUCCAAAGUGUGUUCCUUGUUUUCCCCAAGCUCAAAAGGCCGAAAUUUGGCUUAAAAAGUUGUUUCGGUUUGCUUUUCUUAUGUUGGCAUUCUCGAACAAAACUGUUGUCAACUAUUUUGCGCUUUGGAGUAUCAAACUAUCAUAAUAGAACUUCAGGAUAUGAAAGUUGAAAAGGGGUGAAACUUUGGGGUUUUUAAAGUGCAAAUGAUCCUUUUACUCCUAAUGAUGACGCAUCAUGCUGAGUAGUAGGUAAAUUUUCAUUGCCUGCUCUGAAAGUUGGCCGAGUGCGGGGGUCCGUUGGAAAAAGAAUAAGUGAUCUCCAGAAGAAAGCUGAAAGUGAGUGUUAGUGGGAUACUGAUUGUAUCUACAAUGCUUAAGGUCAAGGCCUAACCAUAAAAAUUCUCAUUAUUAUAUACUCUUAUGUUAUGUGAUGGAGAUUAUGUUUUGCAGUAGAUUAAGAUUUAACCCACAAUUCUUGUUGUAGUUGUUAGAUUUCAGGUUUGAAAGAUGGCUCAGUGCUGCUUGUUCCUGGAGAAAAAGAAAGUUGCCUCCACAAAAGUUGAAAGUGUGUUGAAGUGGGCCCUAAUGGUACCUACAAAGCCUAACAUGAAGGCUGUAUGAGGAGGAGUCUGGGCGUUUUGAUUGGUGCUUUCACAAUUUUGUUUUAUGCACGUAAUUCCUUUGUUGUUGUAGUAUUAGGUUUGAGAUUUGGACAUCCAAUUUGUUUUCGGAACAGAAAAGAGGUAAGAGAAAUCUCUAGAUUUAAUUGUUAGUGAAGGGGAGUAGCUAAACCUGUACCUUUUAGAGCGCCUCAGGUUGAAAAUUUUGCGCACGUUCAGUCU